GGCAUCGCCAGACGAGGGUUUUACGGGGCGUAUUUAUUAGACGAGCCCGACUUAGUGCUGUCGAUGGUGUCUGCAAUGCAUCGGCAUUUGGCUGUGCCUGUCACCUGCAAAAUACGCAAAGUGCUGACAGCACCAGACAGCACUGCAUGUUAG